AUCAUAUCUAGGCCACAAUUAAACGAUGUUUCAACUGAAUUAAAUAAAGCAACCCAUUUUCUUUGGAACUAGUUGUAGCAAUCAUGCCGAACAUGAUUAAAAAGUAAAAUUUUUCUUUGCGUCAGAAAUAUAUAUUUUUUGUUGAGCAGUGUUACUAAUAAACUCUCAGCUCUAAUGAGCAUAAAGAACUAAUCAAAAAUAUGAAUAUAUACAUAUGUACAUAUGAAGCAAAUGCCUUCGAGUAUAUUAUAAAUAAAUUGAGUUGCGCAAAGAAUAGUUUAGUGAGAAUUUGUCUGUGAGACCGGUGAGUGGAUCGUUGCACGAUUAUGUCUGCCCGCAAAGUACCGCAUAUUUUAAAGCUCUCCGCGCAGGAGCAGAAGGAGUUCGUCAACUCCUUCGAUGUGGUGAUGUGUGAUUGUGAUGGUGUUAUGUGGCUGGUUUCUUCUUCGCUGCCCAAGACAGGUGAAUCGGUGAAUACGCUGAAGGCGGCUGGCAAACAGGUGUUCUUUGUGUCCAAUAACAGUGUGCGCAUGGAUGAAGAUUAUGUGAAUAAGUUCACCGGGAUCGGAGUGAAAGAUAUUCAAGCGAACGACAUCAUGCAUCCAGUAAAGUCCAUGUUGUACUAUAUGAAGAAGCAUAAUAUAAAGAAGCCAGUUUUUUCAUUAUGCAGUGGCCCCGGUAAUGAAACGCUACGUCGUGGAGGCGUAGAUGUGAGGACUUUGGUCACUAAGGAGGACGUUGAAUUAUCUACUUUGGAAAAAGUUACAAGACCGGAACAAAAAAUGGGUGCUGUUUUGCUAGAUAUUAAUUUGAAUUUAACUUAUCCGCAAUUGGCAGCGGCCACACGAUAUCUCGCGGAUAAAGAUUGCCAGUUUAUUACGGGUGGUACAGAUUGGUUAUUACCGAUAACGAAGGAUCUAACUUUACCAGGAUUUUGCGAUUUCCUCGACACUCUUAAGCGAUUCACAGGACGAGAGCCGACUAUAGUAAGCAAACCGGCAGUUUUGCUUGGUGAAAUUUUGAAGGAUGUCUAUAAAUUGACCGAUCCCAAGCGUUGUCUGUUUGUUGGCGAUUCUCUGACGCACGAUGUACGCUUCGGUCUGAAUUGUGGCUUUAAAACACUACUCGUAUUGAGCGGCAGCACACCCAUAGAUGAAAUGUGGCAAGCAAGUGCGGAGGACCAACCUCAUUUUUAUACGGAUAGCAUAGCCGAUUUUAUUGAAUUAUAUGCUAAUAUAAGUAAAAAUGCUUAAGAAUUGAUUUUGUAUGUACCAUAUAUCGUGUGUUCCCUCUGAAUUAAAUUUCAAAUGUAUCUAUCCUAUAUACGUACAUAUAUAGGUUUUAAGUUAUUCCGUUAUUCAAGGCAAGGACAAAUUCAAAAAAUUAAAGAUAAAACUCGAUCCAAUCGUUCUUGAAUUAUAAAUUGUGUAACUAUCCGAAA